AUGGCUACCGCUACGGGCAUCGAACAGUCACUGUCGUUGCCAACACAGGCACAGACCAAGAUACCGGCAAAGACACGCACGCAGGGAAUUAAGGAUCAACCCCAAGUCCAGGCACAUGCCCAGGUCCCGGUCCAGGCCCCCGCAAAGCCACAGAUCCAGAAGCGACCGAUAGCAUCGACCGCAAUGUCGGCACCGGCAAAGGAUACCAGAAAGCCUGUGAAUGGAGCAGUGAAACGGGACAGCGGCCACUGCAAUGGCAGCAACAACAGCAGCAUCAGUGACGGGCCGGAGAGCAUGACGACACACGCCAACCAUAAGCACGGCAGCGCCAGUAGCAACGGCAGCAGCAGCAUCGAGGAGGUCAACAUCAGUGGUCGUGGCAGCCGCAGUACGGACCUCUCCUUUUCCCAGCGCGCGGCCCAGAUGUCUCGUGAGCCGAGACCCCUUCUCGUCAAGGGCGACCCCAAUCUUCUACGCGACAUUGAUCGCCCGCCGCCGGGCGAUCCGGCCACCACCACCACGGGAAGGAGACGGUCCAUUCUUGGCGCCCCUUCCACCCUCGGGCCCAACAUUGCCGACGGCCACCUGGGUCACCUGGGCCACCUCGCCCGCAAGCGCAGCCAGUACUUUGAAGACGCCUUUGCGACCCGCCGCGACGCCGACAACAGCCCGGCCAAGGAGCGCGUCCGCAGCGAAGCUCUUGUGUUGGCCGACGUCCGCACCAAUGUCAUUGUCGGCGACGAGUUUACCAUCGUCACGGAGCUGUCGGCCCACCUCGCCCUGCGCUACCGCCGGCCCCUCUCGUCCAUCGUCGUCACCCUCCAGCACGGUGCCUGCAUGUGCUUCGGUGGCUCGUUUGCACCCGCGUACGUCAUGUCCGUCUACGGCCUGCCGUCUCAGCUGCAGCCCACCACCAACAAGCGCAACGCGGCGCUGAUCCAGCGGCACAUGGAGGAGACGCUGGGCGUGCCGCCGGCGCGGGGCCACCUGCGGUUUGUCGCCGUACCGGAAGCGAACUUGGCGUACAGCGGCACGACGUCGCUGGGCCACGUAGACGAUCUGGCGAGAGCAGGCGCGGGUGCGAGCAGCGGCGGUGGCGGCGGUGGCGGCGGCAGGCCGCUGUCCAGCAACGGCAUGUACCGGUCACCCGUCGGCUCAGUCACGUCCCCGGCCGCCAUGGCCAUGACUGACGGGAGCUUGGGCCGAGGCCUGGGCAGCCGCAAGCACAAGACAGCGCGCAAACUGAGUGUCAAGUCUCUGUCGAGCUUCCGCUCGCCGUCGCCGUCGCCCCCGGAACUGACACCGCCGCCAAGUGCCGUCGACGAACACCCACCAGCGCCGCAGCUGCCCGCCAUUCCGGAGCGGCCGGUCAAGGACGGGGAUUCCGGAGGAAAGAAAAACAAGGCGCGGGUCUCGCCGGGCGUUCAGGUUGUCUCGGGGUUCAAGACACCGCCAACAUCACCCACCGCCACGUCCGCGUCUGUCAAUCACCAACAAAACCAACGCGCUCGGCGGACAAAGAGCUUUGUUGCGACCCUGUUUGGUCGAUCGACGCCGAAACCAGAGGGAAAUUUGUCGUAG